CAGCUGCAGGAACAGUGGGAGGCUCUGGCUGCUAAGCUGAACCAGACCCAGCAGCAGAUCCGAGCCUGUGAGGCGGCCAUGGUGUUUGCAUUUGUGGAGGGGACGCUGGCUCAGGCGGUGAAGAAGGGCCACUGGAUCCUGUUGGAUGAGAUCAACCUGGCAGCAGCUGAGACUCUGGAGUGUCUUAGUGGGCUGCUGGAGGGCAGCGCCGGCUCCCUGGUGCUGCUGGACCGAGGAGACACCGAGCCCCUGGUCCGGCACCCAGACUUCCGGCUCUUCGCCUGCAUGAACCCAGCCACUGACGUGGGGAAGAGGAACCUCCCUCUGGGCCUCAGGAACAGGUGAGUGCAGAGUGAGAGGCUUAGGUCAUCAGUGUGGUGGCAGAUUCAAUUCCAUUAGGAGAAAUACAUCAAUGAAUGAAAUUGAUCUCAAAUUGUAGGAACUGAGCAGUUAUCAUUAGACAUUCUCUAAACAUUUCCACCAUUAA